AAUUUCUUACGCAUCAUUCAUAGUGUUCGGGGAACACCCCGCGUUCAUUCGCGUUCAUCUCAAGCUCCAUUUCGGUGGCUUGCGUCUUUCCGUGAGAGUAUCACCACGUUGACGUUCGGCCGUUUUCUUGAACAAUUAUCUACGGUUAUAGUUCAAUCGCACGAUGGAUUACCGAGAAAGAGGUUCGAAAAAUUUGCCAUUUAAGCCGAGAGGUGCGGGUAAACCAAAAAAUUGUAUGAGACGCAAAUAUUAUGAUCAAAAAAAUGUGCAAAGUCCAGCAAGUGAGGGUUCAUCUUCUUCAAAUCAUGAAGCUACACCUUGCACACAACCACCAGAUGUUGAUUAUAGAUCAACGAAAUCUGGUCGUGACAGCUACUUGAGUAGAGGAGUCAGAUCCGGCUCCUCCUAUGGCCCACGAAAUUUCAUUAAGGGAAAUCAGCGUGGAUCGCAGAUGUUUUCUAUGCAAAAUCGCUCUUCUGAUGGAAAAUAUUCAGAUCAUCAAAUGGCAGUCAGUACUGUUAAAUCAUCACUUAGCGCCCAGUCUGCUGAAUUUACCCCAAGAGCGACUACUUGCAAUUUACAGGAAUCAUCUGAUCCUUCUCUUGCAUCACAACAAAAUUUACUUGAAACGGGAUCAGGAACUUGGAUUCGCACUGAUAUUUCUUCUGAUUCUGAAGUUUCGCGUCAGAAUGAUCGAGGAACAACAAAAUUCGUUGAUGAAACGGGAAAAAAAUCCUGUAUCACAGAGGUCGAAGAUGAUUUGUUCAAUGCCCCUGCUAAUGUUUCAUUAGUCCACUGUGUUGGAGCAGAUUUUAGAAUGGGUUCAGGGAUUGCCGUACAAUUCCGUGAGAAAUUUAAUUCGACUGGUAAAUUAUUCGAUCAAAGAGUAAAACCAGGUGGCGUAGCCCACCUUACUGAUAAUGAACGAUAUGUGUUUUACUUAGUAACAAAACAAGAAAGUACAGAUAAACCCACAAUGGACACAAUGAAACAGAGUCUAUAUGCGCUGCGUGAAAGAUGUAUAAAACUCAAAGUCACGGAAAUUGCAAUGCCACGAAUUGGAUGUGGGUUGGAUGAGCUUCUGUGGAAGGACGUAAAGUCUAUUGUGGAAGAAAUUUUUGGAAAUGUCUUUGUUAUAACUGUUUAUCAUUUAGAGAAGGAUGAUAGUAACAUAGCUAAAUCUGGUUCUAAGUCAAAAGUAAAAAAUGAAGCCUUACAGUUAAAAGACAUAGAGCCAGGAACAGGGCUUCUUUACAUUGGUUAUAAACGGCCAUACGUAUCUAAGGAAAUGCGGUCCUUAAAUGAGAAAUAUCCCUUCCUCGAUCAUUUAAAACGAACUUCAUAUAAGCUUGGAAGCGCAUUUCGUACUCCACUUCAGUCAAAAGAUAUAGUUUAUGGUUUGAUUUGUAAGGAGUCUGAAAACAGUCCUGUAUGUUUUACACAUCUGGAAUUAGCUAUUCAGCGUCUGAAAGAGUACAAUAUCAAGGAUGAGUACGAAUAUUUUGGGUUGCAAGCUUUUGAAGAUUGUGAUGACCCUUACAUUAUGGCAAAAAUAGAGACCAUGUUUAGAAAUUCGUCAAUAAAGGCAGAAUUCUGGAUUUGCUGGCCACCUUCAUUGCGAAAAAAAGAUGAGAAUAUGCAAGUUGAAAGCCGACUUGAUUCUACUGAAGUACAAGAAUCAUCUUCUCCCCCUCUAUUAAACAUUGAUAAGACAACCAAGGGAACAAAAAAUAAAAAUACAUCGCCAAGAGUUGAAGAAAACUGGUGUGGUAAAGAAAAAAAUUCUAAAGCAGAAGAUCAAGAUAUGAGUACAGUUCAAGAAAAGAUCACUGCACAAUCGUUGAGUGAUGAAACCAAUUCAGAAAAGUCAAAGCUUGAUUUCACUCCUUGCAAUGCGUUAAACGAAACUCAAAACACUGAUGACUAUGAUUGGGGGUCUAUGCAACCCCAAUCCGCGAAAUUGUCUGAAUUGACUGAUACUUCGCAUAAUGACAAUCACAGUGACUGGUGGAACCCAGAGAGUAGUCCGAAUAAAGUCGAUGAUGACGAUUCAUAUGCUGAAGCUGAAAGAAGAAAAAGUAAAGAGAAGGAAGAGAUGAACCACCGUAUUAGACAAAGAGAAAAGUUACAAAGAAAAAACGAGAAACCGAAAUCAUGUGUCACUGAAUGUAAAGGUGAUUUAUUUGAUGCCGAGGAAACUGUGAGUCUGGCUCAUUGCGUUGGAGCUGAUUUCCGAAUGGGUUCAGGGAUUGCUGUACUUUUUAGGCAAAAAUUCCAGUCCGUAUCAGAACUUCUCGAUCAAAGAGCAAGCCAGGGCGAAGUAGCUUACAUUCAAAAAGACGGAAGAUACAUAUUUUAUUUGGUCACCAAGACUGAAAGUACUGGAAAGCCAACAUAUGGCACACUCAAAAAAAGUUUACUGGCCCUACAUGCAAAAUGCAAAGAAUUAAAUGUGUCUGAAAUUGCUAUGCCACGAAUUGGUUGUGGACUGGAUCGACUCGAUUGGGAUAAAGUAAAAGAUAUGCUAGAGGAAAUCUUUGCCGAUGGUUUUUCGAUAAAAAUUUACAAUUUACAAAAGGAUUAUCAGGAGACGCCAAAAUCUAGACCAAAAACAACAAUCAGACUCGAAGUGUUAUGUCUUAAGGAUAUUCAAUCGCAAACAGGAUUGUUAUAUAUUGGCUCUUCAGAUGGACAUAUUUCUGAUGAGAUGAAAUCAUUGGAUGAAAAGUACCCCUUCUUAGCGCGAUUAAGUAAAGAAAAACCAAGCUUGGGUACUGUUGUUUGCACAGAUGUGUCAUAUCCCAGAGAAAAAGUAUACGGCUUGAUUUGCAAACAAUCGAAAAAUGAUUGUGUCAAUUAUAAAUACUUGCACCUCGCAAUUAAGCAAUUGAAAAAACUUAACAACAAAGAUCGAUAUUCGUAUUUUGGCAUACAAGCGUUUGUAGAAAAACACGACAAGUUAGUGAUGGCAAAGAUUGAAACUAUGUUCAGGUAUUCGUACAUAGAAUCAGAACUGUGGAUUUGUUUUCCACCUGACUUAAAACACUUGAUGCCCCUGCCUAGUUCAGGAAGACCUUCAAUGUAAAAUAAAUCAAUAUUUUAAAUUAAAUGUAUGUACAUCAAUUAAUUGGGCCUGAUCUUCUACAUAUAUAACUGCGUGAAGUCCGGAUAACAACUGUUUCAGACCGUAUUGACAUCAAAUUGUAAAUAUAGGACAAAAUUAAUCAUUUUUACAGGAGAUAAAUGUAGCGAACAUUCAAGUAUUGCCAUACAUUUCCUUGCUACUGCACAUUUUGCUGUACGAACUUGUGAAGCCUGAGAGCUCGUACACUUACAGAUAGUGAUGCGAAAAAUGACGACAUUUUAUGAUUUGCUCGUUGUCUGUGCUAUUUGAUGUUUUAUUCAAAAACAUGCAUAUAUUCUAAUCUUAAAGGUGAAGUGUUCGUCUUAUUCUCUAUCUCCGACGCUCUAUUUAUAUCCGGCGAUGACGACAUAUCAACUCUAUAUUAAUUUCAUAGACCAGCUUUUCGAUAUUCCAUUUUAUAUUGUACACAUGCUUGAUAAAUAUAUCGCUCUACAUUGAUAAUUGAAAUGGCUCAAGGGGUAUAUACAAAUAGACGGCUAAAAACACGGGUGAAUUUAGAGAAUUUAUGUAUGGACAGAAAAUUAUUCAAUUUUAUUGGAAUUUGCUUUGUUCUAAAAUAGGUAGUUCAAGCUUUAUUGGUAUAUUUUUGUUAUUAUAUUCAUUUAAUAGGAAGCAGUGCUAUCGACAAUACCGUCAACUCUCUCGCUCGGCGAUUUAUAUUGCGGUGCCCACAAUAUUUUAAAAAUAGCUCAACCGAUUUACUUGAAAUUUAGAUCCAGUGUUAUUGGAUAGUUUAUCCUUUUCGCCACGUUCCGAAAUUUCUUGUCCCCAGUAAAAUUGUGUCUAUUGCAGUUCAAUUUUAUUUCAUGUCCAAAAUUUACGAAUUUUUUCAUCAACGAGCGAAACGGUUGACGUUAUUUUCAAUAACAGUGUCUCUUAUUUGAUUCCGGUGACAAAAAGACGUAAAGGAAGCUCGAUUUACAUACUUUGAAACAAAACAAACCCCAAUUGAGUUGAAUAAUUGGUUGUUAAGAUAUAAUUUCUCAAACUUGAUCCACUUUUCAGACUUCUAAUUGUAUAUACUCCGCUAUGAAAAUGUGGAUGAGACACAUGAACUAUUCGCUGUAAGCAGGCCUCUCAGACUUUGUCAACCAAAAUAAGUCGAGAUUUGUCUGUCAUAAUUUUUCAUAAAAUGAAUAGAGGAUGCAAGUUAAUGUUUUUUCUUCUAAAGUUGAACUGUGCUUAGUUUGACGUAAGAUGCAGAAUUACUAUCUUCAAACGUGUCUUUAUAUACUUCUUUAUAAAAUUUAUCACAUUGAGAAAAUAAUAUUGCAAGCUAGUAGUUUUAUAAUGCAAGUUGAUAUUAGGCUACAGUAUACGCAAGUACUGUUGCAACUUGUGGCGCAUAAUGUCGUAUAACACACACACACAACACAGCUAUAUAUAGUCGAAUUUAGUUUAGAUUCCUUCCCGC